AUGGCCACUGCCAUCUCCAAACCAGCCUCCCAUACCCCGAAAAUGAAGCGACCGCCCCCGCCUUUCUCUCAACCUGGGGUUAAUGGGGUCAAGCCUCAACCACCUUCGUCUUCUCCACCCACCACCAACAAACGCCUUCCCGGUAAUACACCUAUGGGCUCAAGUCCCAAUCUCAUCAAUAGACCAGCCAAUAUGCCAAAUUCUUCAAAGGGCCCCCUGAACCGGGGUCGAGCCCUUCCGUCGCAAAAACCUGGGGAACAGUCGCGCAUGGGUCGGCCGGUAACAAGGACAGCUGCAAGCGUGAAUGAGAACCGGGCUUCUAAAAGGUUCCCCGAGCCAUAUGUGAAAACAACGCCGUACAUUCUCAAAAAAUACCGCAAAUGUCCCCCAUCCCUUAUCGUGCAUCUCCACCCUACACAUUUCCGAUUUGAACAGCAAGAUGGAAGUUUCCCUUACAAUUCUGAGAUGAAGAUCAUUAUUGAGCAUAUUCGCGCCGGGACCAUCCCACACGAUUUGAUUGAAGAGCUUCUCCGUGCCAAUGUGCGGUUCUAUGAAGGUUGCCUCAUUGUUCGAGUGAUUGACCACAAGUCUGUGUCGGCGCAAACUAGAAAGACUUCUACGACUACAACCACCGAGAAUAACACCCCAUUCUCCUUACAUAACUACAACGAGCAUAUCACACCCUCGGCUUAUGUUCCGUAUCCGAAACAGAACCAGCUCACCGAUAUGCAAAAUUCAAAAACGACCGAAACCCCAGUCGCUGACAAAGGCCAGCCAGACAAAGAGCUCAGCGGCGAAAAUGCCAACGCCGAAGGACAGGGAAACGACUCAGGAAACAAGACAGCUGCAUCCAAACCUCGAGUAUUCACUACCGUCCUCCACCCUACUGCUCGUGCAUUGCAGGCGGAAUUGACUCUGCUUGUAACAACACCGGAUCCCAAGGCUUUGAAAGUAUCCAAUGCUGGCCAAUUGUCACGUACUCAGUCCUCAUCAGUCGUGCCCCAAUCACCAGCAACUGCAGGCCCUCAGACCGAUCGUGGUCACCCAGCGAAGAGACAAAAAACCCUCAUUGAGCCCCAAGAUCUUCCCGAAUGCGAGGCACUUAUUGUGAAGGCAUUGGCACCUCCACUUUAUCUGGAGCCAGUUAAGAACUUUGAGGGAGCCCAAAAGUUGCUUAAAUUUAUGGAAAGCCCGCUUCACAGCGACCCUCCACCGUCACCUAAGCGUCGCAAGAGGACCGUUGCCGAACUUGCCGCAGAUGAGGCUCUGGCAGCCGAAGAGGAGAGAUUCAUGCUCAUCAUGGACGAGCGCCUCGAGCCCACAGCAUCUGGGGCUGCAGGUGGCUCAAAGGCCGUGGCGGUUGAUGACACAGUUGGCGUGUCAGCAUUUGAACCCCGCUUCUCUCGCUUCAAGACUCUGGAGACCAUCCGCAUGCAGCUCGAGGAGAAAUCCAAGCAUGAAUAUGAGCUGAAGAUGAAGUCGGAUCUAGCCAAGAGGCAACAGCAAGAGCAGGAGAGGGAUCGACGCCGAGCCAUGGAGCAGCGGCAGGCUGAGGAGCACGCGAAAGAUGAAGCACGCAGACAGCAAAUUGCAGCACAGCAGGCACAAGCACAGAUUGCCGCUCAGCAGAACCGGCAUGCCUUGGCCCAGGCCAAUGGUGUCACUCAAGGGCAGCAGUCCUCUCCCGUCGUACGCAAUCAAACUCCACACAGUACUUCAUCACCAUUAGUUGGUAACAUUAUGACAACACAGGCCGUUCCGAUGACCAUCAGUGCAUCUCAACAGUCUGGAAGUCCACCGCGGCCCCCGUCUUCCCUGCAGCACACGCACCCGAACAUGAUGGGCCAUCCAAUGGUGCCAUCCAGAAGUCAGCAGGGACAAAGUCGACAUGGAACUCCCCAGAUGACACAGGGAACGCCAUCGAUGUCACAGGCCACCCCAAUCAUGCGCAACGUUACCCCAACCCAGCGGAUGGGUCAUGGCAGUCCAAACCACUCAACAAUAGCACAGACUCCGAUAAUGGGCCAGAAUAUUUCUGGCACUCCACAAAUGAAUGGAAUGGGCCUCAAUCCUCAAGGUCUGACUCCACAACAACAAAUGAUGAUCCAGCAACGACAGCAGCAGCUUCUUGCUCAGCAACAAGCGCAGGGGCACAUGGGAUCAAAUCAAUUCACACCGCAACAGAUUGCUCAAAUGCAGGCCAGUGCUCAUGCACAGCAGAAUAUCCAGUCGCACCAACAGCAGCAGCAAAUGUUGCAAGCCCAGAAGCAACAGCAGCAGCAGCAACAACAACAACAGCAGCAGCAGCAGCAGCAGCAGCAGCAGCAACAGCAACAACAGCAACAGCAGCAACAGCAGCAGCAGCAAAACCAUCAGAACAUGCAGGGCAUUUCGCAGCAGAAUCACCAAGCGUACCAAGCACAGCUCAUGCGGGCUCAAUUCCAGCAAAUGCAAAUGGUCAAGCAGCAGGGUGGAAUACCCCAAGGCCAACAGGGCCAUGGCAGCCCACAACAAGGAAUGGCACAGGGUAUGACAUCCCAGCAACAGCAGCAGCAGCAGCAGCAACAGUUGAUGCUAGCUGCCGCCCAAGCCAAUGGUGGACAGAUGCCAAACAUGCAGAGCAAUAUGGCGGCACGAUACAGUCGCCUUUGUCAGCAGCGGCUUUUUCACUUGCGCAAUGAAAUGUCCCAGCGAUACAUGCAACAAUACGGACCUCCGACGCAGUAUCCGCCUCAGAUCGCGCAGCAGUAUGGUGCUGGGUUGGAAAAGAAUGCCAAGGCAUGGGUCCAGGACCUCAUGCGGCGAGAGCGUGAAGCUGCUCAGCAGCAACGCGCCACACAGCAGGCUGCGGCUAUGCAGGCUCAACAAAUGCAGCAGCAAAACAUGAUGCACAAUGGGAUGGGCAAUUGA